UUUUGCAUAAAGUAAUAUUAUUUUCUCCUAAAGAAUGUUUCUAACUUACUCAGCAAUUGUAAAUGUCCACAUAUUCUAAAAUUAUCUUAAACUAGUAAUGCCUAAAACAUUCUAGUGAGAUGCAUAUGAAUGUACAAUAUUAUUAUAAUUCAAUCAUAAAAAAAAUUAAUUUUGAUAUCCAAACUAAAACUUUAUUAUCUUAUCAACAAUUUAAUCAUGACUACAGUGGAAACACCUUUUAUUCGUACUAUAGAAUGGGAUAUGAUGGACAAAACAAAAUUUUACCCUUUAAGUAUGCUUUCUUCUUUCUCAGUACGAUGCUGCCUUUAUCCCCUUACACUUAUCAAAACGCGUCUUCAAAUACAGCGAAGAAGUCAUAUGUAUACAGGUAUGAUAGAUGCUUAUCGAAAAAUUUACAAACUGGAGGGCAUUUCUGGUCUGUACCGAGGCUUUUGGAUCAGUUCAAUUCAGAUAGUUUCAGGAGUAUUUUAUGUCUCAACUUAUGAAGGUGUAAGACACAUUUUAAAUCAAGAUAUUAUGACAGCACAACUUGAUUCUAGAAUAAAAGCUCUCAUUGGAGGAGGAGCAGCCAGUGUUAUUAGCCAAACUAUUGUAGUUCCAUUUGAUAUAUUAAGUCAACAUUUAAUGGUACUUGGAGCUAGUUUUAAGCAUGGAAAAUUGGCUUUUGAUAAGACUGGUAUGAAUCCAUUAGGACUAACACUAGAAGUUGGUAGGUCUCGAGCACAACUUUCUACAGAAAUUAUACGACUUAUAUACCAACAAGACGGACUUAAAGGUUUUUACCGUGGAUAUGUUGCGUCUCUUUGUGCUUAUGUUCCAAACAGUGCAUUAUGGUGGGGACUAUAUACCACUUAUCAAGAUGAAUUGAUAAAGACACUUCCUAACUGGGUAUCCCAUUUACUAAUUCAAUCGAUUGCUGCAACCAUGGGUGGUUUUACAACAACAAUAAUAACAAAUCCAUUGGAUGUGGUUCGGGCUAGAUUACAAGUGCAAAGAUUGGACAGUAUGUGUAAUGCAUUCAGACUGCUAUGGCUUGAAGAAGGGCUACUCAUGUUUACCAAGGGUUUGUCAGCUCGAUUAGUGCAGUCAGCGUGUUUCAGUUUUUCAAUUAUUUUAGGGUAUGAAACUAUAAAAAGAGUUAGUAUUCAUGAGGAAUAUAAGAGUUACAUAAGAUGGUGAAUUAAUACAAUGAGCAAUGAAUACACAUAUACACUAUAUAUAUAUAUAUAUAUAUAUAUAU